CUUCAUAACCGCCUGGAAGGCGGAGAGGAAAAGCUGCGCCUCUGGGCAGCGCGGCUGAAGGACGGACUGACGGCGGCAAGGGUGGGGUUAAAAGGAGGGCGGUCAAGUCGCCGGCGUCCUUCUUUAGCCCCCUUCUUCCUGGAAAUCGUAGGGGUUGGUGCUCCGUUCCCUCUGCCGCCCUCCUUCUCCUUCCCUGUCCUGUCCCGUUGUUUUAAAGCUUCUUUUGGGACACAGAUUUUAGGGGGUGGGUGGGAGAGAGAGAGAGAAAACACGCUCCUGUUUUGCAAGAACAGCAGCUUUCUUGGCCAUGGUCCUCUUUUCCCUUUUACUGUCCGUCCCCCCGUCUCCAUAUAUCGAGACUUCUGCAGCUUUUCCAGACCUUCUUCCCCGUCCCACCCCCAGCCUUCUUUCCUUUGCAGUUUAAUUGCAACCAUAUGUAAACUAACUAGAAAUAACUUUCCAUGUAUCCUAAAGGGAUUCCCUCCCAAAAGAAUGGAUUUCCAAUGGCAGCUAUUGCUUCUCUUUCUUAACUUCCCUCCACCUUCAGCCACUUUUUCCUAGCAUACUUUGCUUUUCAGUUUCCUCUAUUUCUUUAUUUUCUCAACCUUCCUCCUCCAAUUUGCUUUCUUUCCCUCCCUGCCUCCCUCCCUCUCCCCCCUCUCAUACACCCACACCCACACACCAACAGAAGAUUUGAAGAUCCUCCCCUUCAGUUCAGACAUCUUCCCUUCUCUCCUCCUUUCUCAUCCUUGGACCCCCUUAGCCCCAAUCCUUCCUCCUCCAGCUGUGCAGUUGCUCCGUCAUCCUUUGUGUCUGAUGGCGAGUCGUGGUGCCUGUCAGUGCCACGAUAUUUGGACGAGGUUUCUCUUUCUUCCCUGCUUUUUGGCAUCCCUUCAAAAUGUUUCUUGGGUGAGCAGCAGGUAUAGCCUCAGAACACAUGAGGAGUGCUUUCUGUGAAGAAUUUGGGCAACGUUAGUUCUGGAAUCUUUAUGAAGCAUUUAACUUUAAAGCAUGGCAGAAAAUAAAGAAAGGAAACCUAAAAAUGCAGAUGUGAGACCCAAAACCAGCCGGAGUAGAAGUGCAGACAGAAAGGACGGAUACGUAUGGAGUGGAAAGAAGCUUUCCUGGACAAAAAAGAGUGAGAACAGUUCUAAUGCCGAAAUGGCAAACGCCUCAGGAAUACCUACAUUAAGCCUAAGGAACCAGGAGAGAAAACAGAGCUGUUCUUCAGCUGAGAUGGAGUUGGAACAUGUAUGUGGUCACAGGUUCCUAAGCCGUUCUUUUAAACAGAAAUUGCAGGAUGCGAUGGGACAAUGUUUUCCCAUAAAGAGUUGCAACACUCGGCAUUCUUCAGGGCUGUCACCAAAGAGGAAAAUACAUAUCAGUGAGCUUAUGCUGGACAAAUGCCCUUUCCCACCACGAUCUGAGCUAGCAUUCCGAUGGCACUUAAUCAAGCAGCACACUGCCCCUGUAAGACAAAAAUCUGAAAGCUGGCUAAGUGUGGGUUCAUCCAAAGGUGAAAGGAAAGAUGAAGACCUGAGAGAGAUUGACGGGACAGAUGAGCCAGACUCCAAUGUAUUGCAGGAAAGUAACGUUAUUGACUCCUAUCCGUGUGAUCCUCAAGAGGAAUCUGCCAUGGGUGGCAAGCAGCUAAAGAGCAGCAGAGAGGAAAGUGACAUGGACUCUGAUGAUGAAGUAGUGACACUCUGCACCAGCUCCAGGAAGAGAAACAAACCACGGUGGGAAAUAGAGGAUGACCUUCUGCAGCUGCAGAUGCCACUCAGAUAUCACACCCAGAUUGAUUAUGUUCAUUGUCUGGUUCCUGACCUCCUUCAGAUCAAUAAUAACCCAUGUUACUGGGGAGUGAUGGAUAAAUACGCUGCAGAAGCACUUUUAGAUGGAAAGCCAGAAGGGACGUUUUUAUUACGUGAUUCUGCCCAGGAGGAUUACUUAUUUUCCGUUAGUUUCAGGCGUUAUAGUCGUUCUCUUCAUGCCAGGAUCGAACAGUGGAAUCACAACUUCAGCUUUGACGCUCAUGAUCCAUGCGUCUUCCAUUCUCGUGACAUUACUGGGCUUUUAGAACAUUAUAAAGAUCCAAGCUCUUGUAUGUUCUUUGAGCCACUUCUCUCGACUCCCUUACACAGAACUUUCCCUUUUUCCCUUCAACAUCUAUGCAGGACAGUUAUUUGUAAUUCUACAACGUACGAUGGCAUAAAUGCACUUCCUGUUCCUCCAUCUGUAAAGCUGUAUUUGAAAGAAUAUCAUUAUAAAUCAAAAGUAAGAGUCCUCAGGAUUGAUGUACCAGAUCAACAUGCCUAG